AGGGUUCAGCGCCAGUGGGACUCCGUUGAGCUCCGGAGGCGCUCGUUCUCGUCGAAAUUGUGGGCAUGUGACCAACACAACACAAGUACUUAUAACAUGAUCUGGGGAAAGAACACCAAAGUCUUCAACCACAUCCAUGUUGGCUACGUGCGUCUCGAGAGCGACGCUCGUCCCAGUUUUCAAACCCCGUACAGCUGUCUUCCUCAGAGCAAGAUGGUAUAGUACUCCUACAGAGGUUCCACUACCCAACAAAUCGAAGGUGUGGGCGUCUGCCGACGAGGCAGUUAAGGAUGUGAAGUCGGGAGAUGUCCUUUUGUGUGGUGGUUUUGGUUUGGCUGGUGUGCCAGACACUCUUCUUGCGGCUUUGGUUAAGCGCAAGGAGGUUACAAAGUUAACAGGUGUUUCCAAUAAUGCUGGCGCAGGCGACUCCGGACUCGGAAAGUUGUUCAACAGCAAGCAGAUUGACAAGGUCGUCGCAUCAUACCCUGGCGGAAACAAGGCCUUUGAGGCUCUAUACCUUAAGGGCGAGGUAUCUCUGGAGCUAUGUCCUCAAGGUACACUUGUCGAACGUCUUCGUGCCCAUGCCGCAGGUAUCCCAGCGUUCUACACCCCUACGGGAGCAUCAACAGCAGUAGAGGAAGGUUCCAUCCCAGUACGAUACAACGAAGGAGGAUUUGCCAAUGGAGUCAAGAUACCAGGUAUCAAGAAAGAGACACGAGAAUUUGGAGGUCGCAAGUAUGUCAUGGAACCAGCCAUCGCUGGCGAUGUCGCUUUUGUUCGUGCAUGGAAGGUCGAUGAAGUUGGCAAUUGUGUUUUCCGAUACGCUCAACAGAACUUUGGUACAGUCAUGGCAAAGAACGCAAAGCUCACGAUAGUGGAGGCAGACGAAAUUGUACCCACUGGUUCUCUUUCACCAAAUGCCAUCCAUGUUCCCGGUAUUUAUGUCGAUCGAGUUGUUCUGGCCACCGAGCCUAAACGGAUAGAGUUCACGACGGUCGCGCCAAGCCCAUCAUCUUCUGGUAAACAAUCUACUCUAACACCUGCUCAAGAAACUGCCCAGAAAAUGCGUCAUCGUACGGCAAAGCGUGCUGCCAAAGAGCUCAAGGAUGGAUUCUAUGUAAACCUUGGUAUUGGCAUGCCCACUCUCAUUCCUGGAUACCUCGAGCCUGGCGUGAGCGUUUGGCUGCAGAGCGAGAAUGGUAUCCUCGGCAUGGGGCCAUACCCUACGGAAGACAAGGUGGAUGCGGAUCUCAUCAAUGCGGGUAAAGAGACUGUAACCUUGCUGCCGGGCGCCUCGAUCUUUGACUCGAGUGAAUCAUUCGCUAUGAUUCGCGGUGGGCACGUCGAUGUUUCCAUUCUCGGCGCUAUGCAAGUAUCACAAGCAGGCGAUAUAGCCAACUUUAUGAUUCCCGGAAAACUGGUCAAAGGCAUUGGAGGCGCUAUGGACUUGGUGUCUAACCCUGACAAGACAAAGGUCAUAGUGACGAUGGAGCACUGUGCGAAGGACGGCAGUCCCAAAAUCUUAAAGGAAUGCACUCUUCCGCUCACGGGUGCUCGUACUGUUAGUCAAAUCAUCACGGAGUUGGCCGUUUUCGACGUCGACAGGAAGAACGGUCACCUCGAGCUUGUUGAACUCCAGGAAGGCGUAACGCUUGAUGAAGUCAAGGCAAAGACCGGCUGCGAUUUCAAGGUACGGAAAGAUCUGAGCAAGCUUUGAUUUGCUCUCAGGUUUCAUGGAUACUAUCAUGAAGGAAUGUUAAUACCUCUGUUCCUUGUGUAAAUUGUGUAUUAGGACAUGCGUGUAUUAUUCUUAUACCAUCCUGGUUGCACUUCACGUCGUUGACCAGGCAUUCUGGGGGCGUCUACAUAUCUCUACCCAGACUGCAGACGGUGCUCCCGCCUCUUUUCAACCUAUAAGGUGACAUACAACAACGACGGCACACUUGCACGGAACUCGAACAUGACAUCCCCCUGCAAUUGUCUAUUCUACAAGUACACUUGACUGUAUGCUGCAUGACACCCGAACUCUACCAGCGUGGCUGAUUUAACGAAGAGUAACCAAUUCUGCGUGCACCCGUCAGCACGUUAAAUGCAAGUAAAGUAAGAGAACUCGGUUACCUUCAGCAGAUGUCGGAUGGAUAGCAA